AUGAAUUCACAUAAUCAAAUUGAAAUGAAACAUCCAAUUCAAUUAUUAAAAAACUUAUCAUCUGAUUUUUCAAUUAAACAAAAAUAUAAAACAAACAACAAAUUUAUGAGUUCAAUUAAUCCGAAUGAAUUAAUGAACAAUUCAAAAUGUAUUAGUAACAACAAUAAUAUCAAUAAUAAACAGUCACAUUUACAAUGUACAAUUGAUAAAACACAAUUUAUAAUGAAAGAAAAUCAUAAGAAUAUAACAGUAUUUCACAAUCCAUAUCAUCAUCAUCAUCAUUCUAUUCCUAAUAUAUCUAACUUAGUUAAAAACAAUGUAAACCAUCUUUCAUAUACUAAUACAGUGUCUUGUGAAGGUUAUUCACAAGAUCAAUUAAAUCAUAUACCUAUCAAUGAUCAUGUUGAUGAACAAAUUUCAUCGAAUAAUACAUCAAAAAUUUUAUAUAAAAGAAAUUUUUAUAAAAAAUAUCAUUCUUUACAAAAUUUAAUACCUUCAAAUCAACAAAUUCAUUUAGAACAUCAAACAUAUUCAUUAUCUAAAUUUAAUUAUUCUUCAUUUAAUACAAUUUCAUUACAAACAAAUAUUCAUUGUUUAAAACAAAUGUAUCAAUCACAGUCUACAUAUGUUAUUGUAUGUGAAUAUCCAAUCAAUUUAUCUGUACGUUAUAUGGGUAAUAAUUAUCAAAUACCAAAUAUUAAUUUAAUUGAAUUAAGUUAUUUAUGGCAUCAUAUUGGUUGGGGUUAUUUAAUUGCUAUAGCUAAUCGAAAUGAUGAAUUACCUAAUUCAUUUGAUUCAAUUACAUUAAUUCUAUGUCAACCAAUUACAUUUAAACAAUUAUGGAUUGGUUAUAUAGUAAUACCGGAUAAAAUUGAUCAUUACAAUAUCAUUAAUAAAUCUUUAAUAAAUUCUGAUCUUGUUCAAUCUUAUAUUAAACAAAUUCAUAAAAAUCUUAAUGAUAAAUUCUAUCAUACACAUUGUAUUGUUAUGAAAUUAAAUAAAGAUACUACUUAUAAUAUGGUACAAAUGAAACAGAAACAAUUCAAAUCUCAUUCAAUAUUAAAAUCAAUAUUUCAAAGAUUAUUUAAUAAAUUGUCUAAAACUAAAAAUCAAUUUAUCAGUGAUAAUAAUAUUUUCAUCAAUAAUAAACACAAUUUUGAAUAUUGUAUCUGUAAAAUAGAAUCAAUAGAAUCAGGAAUCAAUGAUAAAAUUCAUCAACAAUCAAUGGAAUUCUUUUCAGAAUUGGAUAAAUUAAUUAGUAAUUCAAUAGUAUUCCAUCUGCAACCGGAAUCAGAGAAACAGUUAGCAAUCGAAAGGCAAAGAAAUAAAUACAAACUGGGUCUAUCAACAUUACAGUCUAAUACAAAUUCAUCAGAAUGUAUUAAAAAUCAAAUAUCUUUUCCCUGUUUAUUUCGACAUAUUUAUUCACUUAGUAGAGAUGAUUUACAAACAAUGAGAACAAUCUAUGGAUUCGAAGUUUAA